AUUUCAAGUGUUAGUAGUACUCUAAUUACCAUCGGUGGUAAAUUGGAAAUGUCGUCGUCAGAUCCGUAUGAGUGUCUAGCAAAUGAGAGUAAAAUUAUCGAAAAGCACACUGAACAAAGGCUGCAAAAUGAUCACCGAAUGGAUAAUCUUAUUCUUUUAGUAUAUGUAGUGCUUCUAACUCUUUCUGUCAUAACCAUCUGGGCUUUUAAACAUAGACGCUUUCGAUAUAUCCACGAAACUGGCCUUUCAGUGGUAUAUGGACUGGCUGUUGGUCUUAUACUUAGAUAUGCUAUAAAAUCUUCAAAUUAUACCGUGGAGAUGCAUGUGUUUUCACGUAAAAAUGAUGAAGCGUGCGGUGGUCGUUUGCCUCCAGAGAGACUGAUCAUUGAGUUUCCUGUCCGUGACCAGUACGGAAAGUUCAAUUUAAGCAUGUCGUUCCGGUACAAAUUUGAACAGCAAUCAGAUUUCAACUCUUUAAUUAACAACAAGGCUACGUUCGACCCGGAAUUCUUCUUUAAUGUUUUACUUCCUCCUAUAAUUUUCUCAGCAGGAUAUAGUAUGAAACGCGGCUACUUUUUCAAAAAUAUUGGAGCCGUUCUUACUUAUGCAUUUGGUGGUACUUUGUUGUCCGCUCUAGUUGUUGGAACCAUUUGCUAUGGCUUCACCCGUGGAAUUACUUCAUUGUCUCAAACUUUGCGUCUCUCAGACUGCCUUUUGUUUGGAGCUAUAAUAUCUGCUACUGAUCCUGUAACUGUUUUGGCUAUCUUCAGUGACUUGAAAGUUGAUGUCAACUUGUAUGCACUCGUAUUUGGUGAGAGUGUUCUUAACGACGCUUUGGCAAUUGCCUUAGCCCAGUCGAUCGAAAAAUACGGGUCCAUUUCUGCUGGUAAUUUUGAUGGCCACGCUUUCCUGUCUUCUGUUUUAAACUUUUUUAUAAUGUUUGGAGGUUCAUUCGUCACUGGCGUUUCUAUUGGCUGUGUAACAUCUCUUCUUACAAAAUUUACACACAUCAAGGAGCAUCCUCUACUGGAAACAGCUUUGUUCGUUCUAAUGUCUUAUAGCACAUUUCUUUUUGCUGAAACUGUUGGGUUUACGGGUAUUGUUUCCGUGUUGUUCUGUGGUGUGACUCAAGCACACUACACUUAUAACAACCUAUCCCAGGAAUCUAAAGUAUGGACAAAAUCUUUUUUUGAACUACUUAACUUCUUGUCGGAAAACUUUGUUUUCGCAUAUAUCGGUGUUUCAACGUUUACUUUCCCUCAUCAUUAUUGGAAUGCUCGAUUUGUAUUUAUCGCAUUGUUCUCAUGUGUAAUUGCUCGGGCAGUCAGCGUAUAUCCACUUACAGCCCUCAUCAACUUUUGUCGAACUUAUCAGUGUUCCUGUUCUACGAAAUGUUUGAAGCGAAAGUUUGAUUCCAGUUCUCAACUGUCUUACUCUAGUGAUAAAAAUAUUGUGCCUGGAUCAUCAUUUUUGUCGAAUUCAAUUGAUUCAGGUAGUGUCGCAGUUACUUCAGCUGAUAAUAACAGGAAGGAUAAAUCUAACAAAAUCACUUUAAAUUUUCAACAUAUGAUCUUUUUCUCAGGCCUUCGGGGUGCCAUGGCUUUUUCAUUAGCGAUUCGCAAUACAAGUUCUGAAAUACGUCGGAUGUUUUUUUCAACGAUUAUUGUAAUAGUUAUGACUACGGUGUUAUUGGGAGGUUGUUUUGCCAUAUCGUUACUUCACAGAUUGCAGAUACCUGUUGGUGUAGAUUGCAACAGUAAAAACCAACCGCAUACAGAUACGGAAGAAGAUUUGGUUGAUGAUCAUAGUUGCUGUAGUUCUCAUUGGAUGAGUUUCGAUAAAUUCUAUUUGAAGCCAUUACUUACACACAGCACUCCACCACUGACCGAAUCAUUACCAUCAUGUUGUUAUAAAUUUGCCAAAUUACUUACAACUUUUGAACAAAGAAGUGGGACAUUUGUCAAUAAUGAUAGAAACAAUAGUUACCUUGACAAUGUUAAACGUGAUAGUACUACUGUAUUUUAUUCCAAUGAGAAAGCAUCAAUCAGUUCUGCACUCAGUAUGAAUACUGUUAAAGUGCAACCUGUGGAACUUGGUGAUGGAAAGAAUUUUCAUGAUCCACUCUAUUUCAAUGAAGUUAUGUGAAUAAAUAUACGGCGAAUUAUGGAAAAUAAAAAAGAAACACUGGUAAUUAGCAUCAUCAUCAUCUCUGAAAAGAAAGCACUUGUCAUUAAUGCAUUUUCCUUCCUUCGUCGUUGGUAUUUUUCUUGCUUUCUCUCUCCCUCUUUCUCUCGUAAUCUGUUAGAUUUGACUGUCCAUGACUGAAAAUUUCAUUUAUAUGUUUUUAUUUACCUUUUAUAUAAAUAUGAGCAGACAUAUUAUAAUAAAGAGCACUGAUACACAUUUGAUGAAGGAAAAUACACUGAACAGUAGAUGGGGAUUAUUCAUAAAUGAAUAACCGUUUAGUUUGGUUUGUUUGCAUGUGUGUGUUAAUUCCAAGCUAUCUGUCUUAUCACUUUUUGUCCUGUUUUUACCUUCCUUGUAUACAUUCUUCUAUUAUGCACCAUUGUCCCAUAUGCAUCCGUUGGUAGAGAGAUAUUUAUUUUCUUUAAAAAAGAUCAGUAUACAUCUUUACGUCCAAUUAUUCUGUGAUUUAUUGAUUUCAUUCCGUAGAUUAAAAAUAAUUUAAUAGUUAAAAAGCGUCAUGUGUUACUUUCAUUUCAUUUUGUUACCUAUUAUACUUGUAAAUACUGUUAUUUGUGUUGUUGCUAAAUCUCAUUUACUAAUAACUAAUUACACAUUGUAACAUUCUUUUGAAAUAUUAUUUUUGUAUAUUUUGCCAGUCUGUUUAUACUCGUUUGUUCACUUGAUCAAGUGCAUUGAAUCAUUAUUAUUGGAAAUUUUAUUUUAUUUAAGUGUUUUCAUGAGCUUUGACAAAAAAGAUCCUAUUUUACUUUUUAACUGAAUGUUCACACAUACAUGCAUGUAUCAUAUAAUACAACUCCACUUGAAAUUUUGUUUAUUUACUUCAAUUACGUCUAAAAGUAGAGUACAGAAAUAUCCGUCACUCAUUUAACGUGUUAUGUAUAAAUUCUUGAUAACCAACAGAAAUUGAACUUUUAUUUGUACAAUGUGAAUUAGUUGUUUGAACAAGAAGAAAAUAGUGUGAUGAUAUUCUAUUCGAUUAUCUCUUUAAGUAUAGUUCAAUAUUCACCUG